AAGUGCUGUGCAUAUGCUUGGGUGAGUGGAAGUAGGGCUGUGGGAGAUGCCAGGUUUGACUAGGAAUAUGCCAUGACAUCUUUGAAAAGAGCUAAUAUUCCUUCACUCUUAUACCCUUGGGAAUGUUCACUUUUCACGUAAAUAAUUUUGUUGCCAAAUUUUUGUAUUUCUUCUGGGGUGAUGCCAUUCAGCUGACUGACAUAUGUAAGGAUUUCUAUUCUUGGGAAGUCUUCCAGCAUCAGAAAGCCACCCUGAUAGACUAGAGCUGCUUCUGAACAAGCCCUGGUUAAGACUCUGCUUUGGUUGAUGAGCUCCUGGUGCAUUGCACUGAAUUCAGGUUCCUGAUGCUGUUCUGCAGUGAUUUCUAAUUUGUUUGUUACAAGCCUUCAUAUGCUUCUAUUGUACCAGCAUGUUAACUGACUGCUGAACUGACAACAUAAGCUUUAAUCCACACUGAUUCUUUAGCCUCGUACUUAGUGAUGGAAGGGCUAAAGAAACAGAUGGACCUGGUAGAAAGACUCACUGAAGCCCAAUAACUUAGCUAUCCGUUUUGUAAACAAUGUGUUUCUUGGAAGUGAGAUUAAGUGGAUCAGCUGGUGUGCUCUCUGCCUGGUAGAAAGAAGCUUAUUUAAGAGGGAGAGAGAAUCUGUGCCUCAGUCUAGAAAGAAGAUGGGUUCUACAGAAGACCUUGACUAUCCUCAAGACAUCUUGCAGUACAGCAGUGGAUUUUUAGUCUCAAAGGUUAUGUUUACUGCCUGUGAAUUGGGGGUGUUUGAUCUUUUGCUGGAGUCAGGGGAGCCUCUGUCCAUGGAUGCCAUUGCUUCACGCUUGGGUACCAGCACCACAGGGAUGGAAAGACUGCUGGAUGCCUGUGUGGGGUUGAAGCUCUUAGCAGUAGAGCUGACACACGGAGGAGCCCUCUACAGAAACACAGACAUUUCCAACAUCUACCUUACAAAAUCAAGUCCCAAGUCUCAGUAUCAUAUUAUGAUGUAUUACUCCAAUACAGUCUACUUGUGCUGGCACUACCUGGCUGAUGCUGUGAGAGAAGGAAGAAACCAGUAUGAAAGAGCUUUUCAUUUUUCAUCUAAAGACCCUUUCAGAGCAAUGUACAGAUCAGACGAAGAAAUGCUGAAAUUCAUGGCUGGCCAGAACUCAGUAUGGAGCGUAUGUGGCAGGGAUGUACUUGUUGCAUUUGAUCUUUCCCCUUUCAAGCAGAUCUAUGACCUGGGAGGAGGUGGAGGAGCUUUGGCCCGGGAGUAUGUUUCUUUGUACCCAAAUUCCACGGUCACAAUCUAUGACCUGCCAAAAGUCAUACAAGUGGCCAAAGAGCAAUUUGUUCCACCUGAGGAGCACCGUAUCACUUUCCAAGAAGGAGACUUCUUUAACAGUCCAAUUCCAGAAGCUGAACUGUAUAUUUUAUCCAAGAUAUUGCAUGAUUGGGAUGAUGACAAAUGCAGGCAGCUGCUGGCAAGGGUCUACAAAGCUUGCAAGCCUGGCGGUGGAGUGCUGCUGGUUGAAUCACUGCUGAAUGAGGAUAAAAGUGGGCCUUUAGAAACUCAACUGUAUUCCAUGAAUAUGUUGGUCCAGACAGAAGGAAAAGAGCGAACAGCAGCAGAGUACAGCAAGCUCCUCAAAGCAGCUGGCUUUGGAGAGAUUCAAGUCAAGAGGACGGGAAAACUUUAUGAUGCUGUUUUAGGAAGGAAAUAAUAACACCUCUUUCAUACAUUUACAACAUAGAGUAUGCCAAGAAAUGUGAUAUUCUCAGAGGGGAGUCAUCAACUCAGCUUUUAUUUAAAGCAGCCAACUUUCUUGUAUUUCUUCCUGAUGCAUUGUCAGGAGAAUCAGUAAUGACAGAUAUUGAGCGUGCAUGGAUUACGAGUCUUGCAGCCUGACUAGGGCUUGCCUUUGGGUCUGAAAGGGGGAGAAAGAAGUCAACACCUGUUCCACAAAAAAUAACCCAGAAAGAAAAUGUGCAGUCUGUUGGCUUUAGAUCUUUUCAUUGUUUCCAAUUUCAACAGUGUAUCUAACAAAAGCAAUGCUGAAUUUGUAAUCAAAUAAAACCGAUCCCUGUACUGA